GAUGGCUUGAGGAGGAUGAGAAGUGGAGCAGCAUGAAUGGAUGGCUCUGAGCGGGAGGGAGGAUUUCUACACAUGAAUAAUUGUAGAAACAGAAGCUAAGGCAGCAGCAGCUCCUCCUUUUGCUAACAUGAGGAGGGAAAUGACGAGGUCCUUCCAGAAGGCGAGAUGCUGGCUUCAACCUGUGAGGUCAUCAGAUGGAGUCAGAGCAGACGGCCGAUCCUGGAGAUCACACCGAACAAUCAGAUCCUUCAUGUAACACCAGCUCGGCUAGAGGUUAGGCAGCUGUGAGCUGACACAUGGGGCAGCGUCCUGGCAUGCCGUCCGGAGCGAGGAUGCCCCACCAGGGAGCUCCCAUGGGCCCCCCCGGCCCCCCAUACGGAGGGAGCCCCGCGGUGCGGCCCGGCCUGCCCUCCCCGGUGAUGGAGCCCAGUCGUAAGAGGCCCGUCCCGUCCCAGCAGGUCCAGCAGCAGCAGCAACAGCAGCAGCAGCAGCAGCAGCAGCAGCAGACCGUCCAGAACCGAGCCAGGAAGAAGCCUGUCGGAUUCCCGGGAGCCAAUGAGAUGCCGGCGAGGCAGAUGGACAUGAGAGAGCCCCAAUCAGAUCCCACGCUUGGAUCAAAUGCUAAGAGAAGGAAAAUGGCAGACAAGAUUCUUCCGCAAAGGAUCCGUGAGCUGGUACCAGAAUCUCAGGCCUACAUGGAUUUGCUAGCCUUUGAGCGCAAACUGGACCAGACAAUCAUGCGUAAACGCGUGGACAUCCAGGAAGCGCUGAAGAGACCGAUGAAGCAGCAAAAGCGUAAAUUAAGGCUCUAUAUUUCUAACACCUUCAACCCGGCUCGACCCGACGCGGACGACUCAGAUGGCAGCAUUGCAUCAUGGGAACUGAGAGUUGAGGGCAAGCUGCUGGAAGAUCCCGGGAAGCAGAAGAAGAAGUUCUCCUCGUUUUUUAAGAGCUUGGUGAUCGAGUUGGACAAAGAUCUGUAUGGGCCAGACAACCACCUGGUGGAGUGGCAUCGCACCCCCACCACCCAGGAGACAGAUGGCUUCCAGGUGAAGCGACCAGGAGACGUGAGCGUACGUUGCACUCUGCUGCUGAUGCUGGACUACCAGCCUCCCCAGUUCAAACUGGACCUACGUCUUGCUCGUCUGCUUGGCAUUCACACUCAGACCCGCUCCUGCAUCAUCCAGGCGCUCUGGCAGUAUGUCAAGACCAACAAGCUGCAGGACUCGCACGACAAGGAGUACAUCAACUGUGACAAAUACUUCCAACAGAUCUUUGACUGUCCUCGCCUGAAGUUCUCCGAGAUCCCCCAGCGCCUCACCAACCUCCUUCUGCCGCCUGACCCCAUCGUCAUCAACCACGUCAUCAGCGUGGACCCCAACGACCAGAAGAAGACGGCCUGCUAUGACAUCGACGUGGAGGUUGAAGAUCCCCUGAAGAGCCAGAUGAGCAGCUUCCUGCUCUCCACUGCCAACCAGCAGGAAAUCGCCUCACUGGACAACAAGAUCCACGAAACCAUCGAGUCCAUUAAUCAGCUGAAGAUCCAACGAGACUUCAUGCUCAGCUUCUCCAGAGAUCCCAAAGGCUACAUCCAAGACUGGCUCAAAUCCCAGAGCCGGGACCUUAAGCUGAUGACCGACGUUGUCGGGAACCCCGAGGAGGAACGGAGGGCAGCAUUCUACCAUGAGCCCUGGUCCCAGGAGGCCGUCAGCCGUUAUUUCUACUGCAAGAUCCAGCAGAGGAGACAGGAGCUGGAACAGGCCUUAGCGGUCCGCAACACCUAAACAGAGGCCCACCUGGACUUCUGGGCUGAGUGUGUCAGGAUGUGUGUGUGUGUGAGAGAUUUUCUAACCAGUGUUUUAAAGUUAAAGGUUUAUUGGUGGGAGAUCUCGUUGCACUUCAUCCACGUCCCGUUCUUUUAUCUUGUUUGUGAGGAAUCACUCGGAAACCGUCGUCCGUCUGAGCUUCUGGUUUUGAGCGAGUCCUCAUCUGUUACCGUUUGUGGUGUUACGAUUCAAAGCGUUACUGUGUGCGUUUUUUUUGUUUUUUAUUUUUGAUGGGUUCAUGAAUUACCACCAGCAACUAGUUUCUGUAAGAAAAUGCUCUGAUUUGUCCAACUUGAGUUUCUAAAGCCUGAGUCAUGCGUCUGCGUCAGUGCGGAGACACGCAAUGCCAUUAUCCGUCCUUGCGGGCCUGCUGGAGAGCCCCCGCAAGGACUGACAGAGUCGAGCUCUCUUUUCUAAACAUCCGUCUGUCGAGAUGGAGAACGCAAGUUUGUGAUUGGUCAGGGCACCGCUGUUGUCUACACCACCGCCAUUGCGCCCUCAAAAACAUAAACAGAGCUGAGGAUAACUAGCAGCAGACACGGAGAAGCUUGAAGAAUACCUCAUGAAAAAAACUCUAAAAACAUGAAUGUUUAAUUCUCCCGUGACUGGAGGAGUGAAAAGAUACGCAGCAGGCGUUUUAUUUGUGGACGGAAAUGACAGGAAACGUGGGUUUAGAGGUGGCGAGCGCAUGAAGCGGUGUUAAAAAGUCUCUUAUACACAAAAACACAAUAUAACACACUAUCUUGGACCGGAUACGACAGGAUACCACAGAACAGCAAUACGCCCUCUGGUGUCCUGGCGGGGAAUUGCUUUGCAACACUCUCCAGGAGAUGGAGAAGUAUGAGGGCAAAACAUCUCCAUCUGUGCGUGUGCGUCUCUCCCUUUUGGAGCUGACGGAGAAGCAUGACUCAGGCUUAAAGCUGCGUUUUAACGAAGAGGAACUGAACUUUUGCUCCCUGAACCCAAAUGCGCCUCUGAGCUGAUCUUUCCCUCUCACAUCCUCUUGCUAAUGUUCUGAAGGCGUUACCAAAGGCUGCAACGAGAAGAAAACAAAAGAAAAACGGUAGAACUCCAUUUUAUGUUUCACACAAAAAUGAGAUUUUAAAAGUUUCUUUUCUAGAGAUGUGAAUGUAAAUAUGUUGUUUUGUCUCCUUAAGAAGGCCAGCUGUACAGUAUACAUCUAUGUGUGUUUGUUUGUUUGUUUUUUUUGGGGGGGGGGUGAGUUGGGAACUUCAUGAGUUUUGAAUCAGUCGGGCAGGAAUGUUAGCGUUCCUCUGUGUGCUGUCCUGGCUGUGGGGCGGUUUAUUUUGGGUCCGUCCCGUGUCUGUCGUGGGAGAAAGCGACCUCCCUCCCUCUCCGUAGCUGUAGACCAUGAUAAUCUAUACCAGUCUCCUUUUUUUUUUUUUUUUUUACAACAUUUGACUUGUAUGUAUAUGUUGUACUCCUUUUUUUUCUAGAUCGGAAACCUUUUGGGGUUUCUUUGCACUGUGCUGUAACCGUCGGGACUCUCCUUUAUUAGCCCCACUAAAGUGAUUCCACGAAGACCUAUGCAUGCUCCAUGAACAUGGACUCAAACAUGAUGGGACAGUAAAGUGUAAAUAUUUUUGGGAAAAAAAAAAAAAAAUAAAAAGGCAGGCAUGGAUGUGUGCUGAGGGCAGGAGUCCACGCAUUAGUUCAAAUGCCUUUUGGACACAUUUCUUUAGCCAAAAAUAACACGUCCUACCAGCGAGCUAACUGUAGGUGUGAUUCUGUUACUGGGACUAAGUUCAACUAAAUGCACUCUAGUCAUGUUUCUCUGCACGGCCAGAACUUCCUGUUGUCACUGAAUCACUAGCACCCUCUUGUGGAGGACAGUGGAGCUGCAGCUCUGCCUCAAAAUCACUACUGUGUCUUUUUUUGUUACUGUUAACAUGUUUGUCUGGAUUCUUGCAUGUUUGUCAAGAGCGGGAGCUCCUCUUCCUCUCUGUUUACACCGAGGGUCACCGACGGGAGGGAUCCAAGGGCACACGAGCAUCUCUGAAGGCUUUGAUGAAGGGAAAACAGCUGUGACUUUAUGAGACAGUCUGGAUGUAAAUAAAGAAGCGCUUGCCAAAGUUUGUAAAAGCCA